GCAGUAUUAAGCCGACUCGCCGCCGGCGCCGAGCUGCGAGUGCGCUUGCGCGCGGGUCGGGCGCCGGGGUUCUUGAGUGUGCUGAGGCGAGGUGUGUGUGUGCGUAGCCAUGCAGAAUGCCGACUCCCAGAAGACCCCUAAGCGGCCCCGGCGCGAUGGCAGCCCAAGAACGCCGCCAAACUCCCCUCCUGCAGACGCAGAGACGUCCCCGAGCCACGACCUCGACCCGGACUACCGAACCUGGGGCCCGGAGCAGGUGUGCUCCUUCCUAAGGCGCUGUGGCUUCAGCGAUUCGGAGCUGCUGAAACUCUGCCGAGAGAAGAAAAUGGCAGGUUCAUUACUGCCCUUUCCUGAAGAUCUUGGAAUAAGUUCCUAUGGGAAGAGAACGAAGCUGCUUAAUUGUAUCCAACAUACAAUGAAGGUGAUCAAUGAUCCUAUCCAUGGCCACAUUGAAUUUCACCCUCUCCUCAUCCGAAUCAUCGACACACCUCAAUUUCAGCGCCUGCGAUACAUCAAGCAGUUGGGAGGCGGUUACUAUGUUUUUCCAGGAGCUUCACACAAUCGAUUUGAGCACAGUCUAGGCGUGGGGUAUCUAGCAGGAUGUCUAGUUCGUGAACUGAGUGAAAAACAACCGGAGCUACAGAUAAGUGAACGAGAUAUCCUCUGUGUUCAGAUCGCUGGUCUUUGUCAUGAUCUUGGUCAUGGGCCAUUUUCUCAUAUGUUUGAUGGAAGAUUUAUUCCUCUUGCUCGACCAGAGAUAAAAUGGACGCAUGAGCAGGGCUCAGUUAUGAUGUUUGAGCACCUCAUCAAUUCUAACGGACUCCAAGAUGUCAUGAAACACUAUGGUCUCAUCCCUGAGGAAGAUAUUGUGUUUAUCAAGGAACAAAUUACAGGACCACUUGAAUCACCCAUCAAAGAUCCUUCAAAGUGGCUCUAUAAAGGGCGUCCUAAAGAAAAAAGCUUCCUUUAUGAGAUAGUGGCCAAUAAAAGAAAUGGCAUUGAUGUGGACAAAUGGGAUUAUUUUGCCAGGGACUGCCAUCAUCUUGGAAUCCAAAAUAGCUUUGAUUACAAGCGCUUUCUUAAGUUUGCCCGUGUCUGUGACGUAGAUAAUAUGAAGCAUAUUUGUACUAGAGAAAAGGAGGUUGGAAACCUGUAUGACAUGUUCCAUACACGCAACUGUUUGCACCGCAGAGCUUAUCAACACAAAGUUGGCAACAUCAUUGAUACAAUGAUUACAGAUGCCUUCCUCAAAGCAGACGAUUACAUAGAGAUAACAGGUUCUGCAGGAAAAAAGUAUCGCAUUUCUACAGCAAUUGAUGACAUGGAAGCCUUCACUAAGCUGACAGAUAACAUUUUUCUGGAGAUCUUAUACUCCACUGAUCCCAAUCUGGAUGAUGCACGAACGAUUUUAAAGAAAAUUGAAUCCCGUAAUCUAUACAAGUUUGUGGGUGAGACUCAGCCCCGGGAAGAAAAAAUUGAAAAGGAAAACUACGAACACCUUCCGAAAGAGAUCGCCAGUGCUAAACCCAGUGAUGUAGAGCUAGAAGCUGAACUAAAGGCUGAAGAUUUGAUUGUGGAUGUUAUCAACAUGGAUUAUGGGAUGGAAGACAAGAAUCCUAUUGAUCAUGUUCGCUUCUAUUGUAAGAGUGACCUCAGCAAGGCAAUCAUGAUUACUAAAAACCAGGUUUCUCAGCUUUUGCCAGAGAGAUUUGCUGAGCAGCUGAUUCGAGUUUACUGUAAGAAGACAGAUGAAAAGACUCUGUUUGCUGCACGACAGCACUUCGUCCAUUGGUGUUUAAUCAGUAACUUCACCAAGCCACAGGAUGGUGACGUUGUAGCCCCGCUUAUAACACCUCGGAAAUUGGAGUGGAAUACAGCUGGCACCCAGGAAGAGGCCAAAAAAGCCAAAACCCAGCUUUUCCCAAGUGACUCAAUGUGAAUGUCUGCACUCAAUUGUUUAUGAAAAGCCCCUCCCCAUCCCCGUUCCCUCCUCCCCCAGCACAAUUAAUUUAGGGAAUUUGAUCAUAGAGGUCUACAAACGGAGCGACAGCUAGUGCUUUUUAUAUCUUGAAUGUACGCACAUACUAAGUCAUUUUUAUCCAGAGGAACAGGUAUUAGGCAGACCUUAUUAACAUGAGCUAUGGAAAACGCUGCCUUGCCUCUUUUUAAUAUUAAUCAAAGACUUUCUUCUUUAGCAGUCUAUUUUCUUAGAAUUAACAGCUUUUUAAAGUACUUUGAACUCUUAUGACAUAAGAUUGUUUUUUUAAAAAUUUUGGAAAUAAGACAAAGGCGCACACUUGAAUUUGCAGUUAGGGUUGUCAUGAACAGCCGUGGGUAAAGCCAGGAUGUGAAGUCCCGGCCCUCUGAGGAGGUGCCCAUCACCCUGAAUUUGAAGCUAGCUUUCCUUGAGUGAUUGCAACAUUAGUGAAAGGCACCUCCCCUCACCCUUUUAGCCCCCCAUAAACUGCCAGGUUGGGGUCAACAGUAUAGGAGGGCCACGAAGGGGCUCAAGCUCUUCAAUGAGAGGCCUGAUUGAUUUGUUGAAAAGAUCUGAGGGUGCUGGCCUCCUCUGAAAUGGGGCAUAAAACUGUCUUAUAGGAGACCCCCUAGCUCCAGGAGCAGAGGGACUCCCCAAACCAGGCUGUCCUCUGGGUCAGCUGUGGCUCCAGCCCUUGUGGGUUUCUUUCUCUCCUGAGUGCUCACUGCCCCCUCCCUGAGGGUUCCACCACUGCCCAGCCUGGAGAAAGCAGCUCCCCUCCCCCGACUUGGGUGCUGAUCGGAGGCCAUCGGAGGAACCACCCUCAGGGCUGCUCGAGUUGGGGCUUCAUUUUUGCCAGUUUAGUGCAUUUGAUGAGUUUCAGGGCAAAGACUGGCUGCCUAUGCUGAGACAAAGUGAUUUACCCAGUGAAUUCCAGGUUCCUCUUUGUGUCUACCUCCAGCAGUGGAGUAGCCACCACUGUGGUUGAGCAGUGCUCCUGAGCUAAACAGAGUCUGGAGUUAGAGCUAAAUCCAGCAGCUGCCAGAGGCAGGGCCACGGGGAGUGCAGUCGUGAGCCCUGACAUCCUGUACUUCACCAUACCCUUACAGAAGCCUCCCUGGCAGCCUGGGCGUGGGGAGCCAGCCUUGGCUCUGGGUCAGAGCAAGAGUGAGCGGGGAGGAGCUCAGCCUGCAGGGCAGAAGAUCACCCCCAGCAUCUUGGGGGUACUGCCACCGUCCACUGUGUAACCAGGUGCUCCUCUGUUGACACUAGGGUGACAAGCGUUUGGAACGUCUGCUGUUCUGCUCUGUCACCCCUCUCCCACCCCCAGUAGAUAAUCAAGUUGACCCUAAUUCCUAGAGUAGUUAAAACCGUGCUCCUUUCCCACCACAAUGCCGUGUGAUGGGGAUGUGGAUACAGUGGGCUCCUAGAAGCCCAAAGAAAGUGGUCAUGGUACCAGGUCAUGUCUGUUUUGGCCACGGUGCUUCCAAAACGUCCAGUGGGGAGAAUCCGCCACCUCAGACUUCAUGUGUCCAGGCCCAAGGUCAAGAAUGUAAUGUUUCUCUGCAAAGAUUGUCUGAUUUUUGCCACACCUCCAUUUACAUCAUUGUUUUACUCUGGAACUUUGUCAUCUCAGAGUGUAUCACGGUGCUCUCUGAGCAACAACUUGAAUCUGUUUUGUUUGCGUCUUUUGUUACUUUUUGGCAGCUGCACUUUAUGCUGUUUGCAACUGUUUUAAUUAUGGGAACCACGUGCCAUUGACAAGGUUGAAUUUUUCUUAAGAAGCAUCUUCACUAUUGGUAUAAAAAGGGAGCCUUUAACAGCUUGGUAUCUAGAGUUACCGAGCUUUGUCAGUAACUUUGAGAAUGUAAAUAAGACUGCAGGUUCAAGUGCCUGGUCGCUUCAUCCUGGUGAGGGAAACAGCUGCAAUAAAGCUUCAUGAAUGUA